CAAAUCCAAUUCGAUCUGAGCAGCCACGUCUGGAACUCCGACAGCAGCGUACUGGAAGUUCCGAUCGGGGCUGUUUCGACAAGGGAAGAAUUACAGUUAGCUAUAUUAGGAAUAGCUGACCAUCUAGUUAUGUAUAUACUACAUGUAGAUUGAACACUUCUACAGACAUUUUUGAGUAAGAAAAACAAAUCGCUGUGAAGAUGUCGGCCCCCGAAGGAAACAAAAACACGAACACGGAAGCGUGGGGCGGAUUUGAUGACAACCUGAUUCAGGGCAGCGGCUCAGCAGUGAUUGACAUGGAGAACAUGGACGACACCUCGGGGUCCAGCUUUGAGGACAUGGGCGAGAUGCACCAACGCAUGAAGGAGGAGGAGGAGGUGGCGGCAGAGGCGGCUGCCACAGAGGAGGACGGCGGGGACGACGGGGAGUUCCUCGGCAUGAAGGGCAUUAAGGGACAGCUGGGGCGCCAAGUGGCAGAUGAGGUGUGGAGGGCAGGAAAGAGGCAGGCCUCCAAGGCUUUCAACCUCUAUGCCAACAUAGACAUCCUCAGACCUUACUUUGACGUGGAGCCCAUCCAAGUCAGGAACAGGUUGAUAGAGUCGAUGAUCCCAGUCCGAAUGGUCAACUUUCCACAGAAAAUUGCAGGAGAGCUUUAUGGGCCCAUGAUGCUGGUAUUCACCCUGGUGGCUAUCCUGCUGCAUGGGAUGAAGACCUCUGGAACGAUCAUUAGAGAGGGCACCCUCAUGGGCACGGCUAUAGGAACCUGCUUCGGCUACUGGCUGGGAGUCUCCUCCUUCAUCUACUUCCUCGCCUACCUUUGCAACGCUCAGAUCACCAUGCUGCAGAUGCUGUCUCUGCUGGGUUACGGUCUCUUCGGACAUUGCGUGGUCCUCUUGGUCACGUACAAUGUCCAUUUCCACUCCCUCUUCUACAUCCUGUGGCUGGUGAUCGGGGGGCUCUCCACUCUGCGAAUGGUGGCCGCGCUGAUCUCUCGCACCGUGGGCCAGACCCCCCGUCUCAUCCUGUGCGGGACCCUGGCUGCGCUGCACAUGCUCUUUCUGCUUUACCUGCACUUUGCCUACCACAAGAUCGUCGAAGGUAUUUUGGACACCCUGGAAGGACCCAAUGUUCCCCCCAUUCAGAGGGUGGCCAGAGAUCUGCCUGAUGUGGCAGCCAGUCUGGUGAAUGGCACAGUGAAGUCUCUUGGCAUUUCCCAGUAGUGGCAGCGAUGCAGUGCGCAUUAAUCUUUAUGGCUGGCAGUAUGAAAUAUGUCACCCCAUUUUAAAAGAAUUGGCAGGGGGAAACUGAAAUGAUUUUUUUGUCCUCAAGCCCAAGAGAGGGUGAACAAACAUUGAUUCAAGGAGAACAACUUUGAGUUAACUGUCACAGAAGCACAUGUUGAUGGCCCCUUAAAUGUUUGUGGUCUGUGGGAUGUGUGUGUCAGCUGCAAGUUCAUGAUGCUUGGUAUCCAAUUGGAUCAAUUCACAUUGAGAAAACAUGCAAAAUGAUUAUUUAGGCUUACACAAAGAGCAUACAUUGCAGUUGUCAAUCGAUCCAAACAGUGCAAACUGUUGUUCACUGGGCCACUUGUCUCAUCUGUUUCAUUUGAAUGCCUUUCCUGAAAUGUACAAUGUCGAGUUAAGUCCAUGGAAAAAAACCACAGAUGCCCACAUUCAAGUAUCAUCACUGAAAACAAUUGGUGAUACAUUAAUGAUAACUAAAGCAGAAACAUGGUUUCUUUCUCUCUGCCAAAACAGAUAAUAAACACUAUAUUGCUGAAAGGUCACCGACUGCAACUGUCCACACCAGUGAUGGACAAGUGUGGGCAUCUGUGUUUUUGGUGUUUUUUGUUUUUUAACAUGUCAACUUUCAUUCCUACUGAAUGUUUCCGGUUUCUUGAGAACUCUAAACAUCUACUAAACUGAAGGUUUGCAGGCUAUAACUGUAGUCUUAUUGGUUCUUGAAAGCCAGGAAGAGAAGAGAGAAUUUAAGUUCUCAUAGUCACUUUUGCCUUGUAAAGUUAGUGAUUCCACACCAUCUAUAGGUUUUUUUGUUUUGUUUUGUUACAUGAGGUCAUGAACUGGAGUUUAAAGUGUUGCAGAAAUGUAUGAUUUGGAAACGCAGCCUUGUGUUAUUUAUUGUAGGUGCUAUUACUACAUAGUUGAAGGGAUAGAAUUAGGAUGGAAGAACUGAUGGGACCUCAAGCUACAUCUGCACCAUGUUAAAAUGUUUCUCAGAGUUGAGGAUUUGUACAAUCAGCCUGCAUUUAGUGAGAAUUUCCCCUCUUUUCCACUGAGGAAGUGUGUAAUUCCUCAUUCAUCACAGAAAUCCAUUACAAGUCUUAGGCUUAUAUAUGAAUUAUAUUAAGAUACAUUUGGGAAGCAAUGAAGGUAUUUGUUU